UGAGAAAUAAAUAAAUAAAUAAACAUUAAUGCUGCGGAAUAAUUUGCUACCAUGGUGAUAUUAUUUUGGCUUAUCUAUCAAACGCCAGGAUGUUGAAAAUUUUUAUCAUAAACACCAACAUUAUUCUAUUGAAGAUACAAAUUUUGGCAGUUCAUACUUGAAUGUAGCCGUUAUUACACGGUUUUAAAAACUUGAACAUGCAAAAACUUUCUCUGACUCAUCUUCUUAUCAUAGGAGCAUUUUUGAUAGUUGCAGUGCAGUCCAGAAUAUGCACUAAAAUAUCUACUAAAACCUCAUUAAUCGUCGAAGGACACAACAAUCCAGGAGAUGUAGGCUCCACUUCAAAACCAUCACAUAAACAAAAGAUCAGGCAUGCUAAGAGAACCCACAUGAUCACUUAUCAUUGUAGCGAAGAAGAUUACACGGAAAUCAGUGAAGCAGAAAGCAAACAUAUAUACUGUGAAGGCUGUAAAUAUUGUUCCGAAGAUGGAACUUGUUUUUGUAACUACGACGAGAUAUUGAUAAAUAACACCUGUGUAAAUUUUUGUGAGAUAUGCAAUCAAAAUGGACGUUGUGUGGGUCCAUUGGGAUGCGAAUGUAAGUCUGGAUCUUUUUAUUUCCGCGAAGCAUGUCCACCUUCAGAUGCAAUUAAUUCUCCAACGGCAAGUAUACAUACAAAGUCAUACAGUACCGUGUCAGAUAAUGUUGAAUCCAGUACAAUGGGAGCUGAGAAGAGUAAAGUUAAUGUUAACGAUCGUUUAAACAACACGAGUAACUCAACAGAAUCUUUGACAUCUAAUGUACCUUUGAAUUUGACGGAAUCACGAGGUUAUGAUGAAGCAACGAAAAGGAGUUUGAAUGUUACAACACUUGAGUCUGACCAGCCUCAUCAUGUAGUAAAGCCUAUUUCAACAGACAGUGUUGUCAGUAACAAAAACAACUCUAAUGGAUUGGAACAGGCACCAGUUGUAUCAAGGGUGCAGCAAAAUGGGAUGUCUAUUAUUAUUUCAAUAAUACUAGGUAAUUAUAAGUGUGGGAAUCAAAAUACUUUGUUGGGCGGUUGUUCAACAGGUAAUUAACUUCUCGUGAAACCAUAAAAAGUUAGUAAGUAUCCUAGGCAUGGAUAGGACAGUCGCGACCUGGAGACGGUUCUAUAGCGAUCCUGGCACAUCACUAUAAUUAGGUUUUUCGGAUGUUAACUUCAUACAAAUUGGGAUUCAUGUCAUGUUUUUGAUCCUUAAAGAUUUUUUAUUAUCAAUUCUGCCAAUAAGUGGGACUAUCCGAGUCGUAAAUCAUGUAAACGUGGAUCCAGACGUUGCGAAACUUGCGCUACGAACAGCGCGCAAUCCAUGCCUCGGCUUGAUGCGUGUGUGUUAAAAAAUAUACCAACGUCUGCUCGGGUCGAACCAUCACGAUAGAUGGCGCGUGCCUUAGCUACGUCUGGAUUCACCUUAACUGUAAUGAGGAUGGAUAACUAUUUGACAGACAUUUGUAUUAACUUUUUUAUUCCUCUUCUCAAGAAACUAAAUAAAUGUAGUAUUAGUUUUAAAGCAUGUGUGUAUCUACGAACAUGAAUAUCCAGGAGACUCUGAUGAAUGUAAAAUUGGAGUGUAUAUAUGUAUUUAUAAGAAUAUACUUAGCUGUAUGGAUUUAUGACGUAUUUUUUCAAUAAACGUUGCUAUAACCAA